UCUGCUGCAGGAGGGAGAACCGGAAAGGGGUGGCUGAGAAUUUCCAUGUCCAUCCGCUGGCCGGGCUGCUCCCUAGGAAGCCAUGCUUGGAUACUUAUAGCCAUGUUUCAGCUCGCCAUGGAUCUGCCCUCGUGUGAGUCCCUGGGCCCGGGCCCCGACUUCCGGCUCCUUCCCCGGCCGCCGCAGCGGCCGCCCCGGCUGUGGAGUUUGAAGAGCGGACAGGCGGCGCGCAUCCCCGUGCCCGUGUGGAGCCCGCGCCCGGCCCGCGUGGAGCGCAGCCACGGGCAGGUGCCGAGCCCGCGCGCCAAACGGGCGCACAGACCCAGGGACCAGGUGGCUGCCCUGGUGCCCAGAGGGGGGCUCGCCAAGCCCCCAGCCGCUGCCAAAUCCAGCCCUUCCCUUGGCUCCUCCUCGUCGUCCCCGUCCCCCGCAGCGGGCAGCGGGGCCACCACGGACCAGCAGGCCCUCCUGCGGAGGGAGAAGAGGCACCUGCAGGGGGCCGGCUUCAACGGUUUUGAUUUCCGGGGCAGCAGGCCCACCACAGAGACGGAGUUCAUCGCCUGGGGCCCCACGGGGGAGGAGGAGGCCCCGGAAUCCAACACAUUUCCAGGGCUCUACGGCCCCACCACGGCCUCCAUCCCACAGACACGGAAGACAACUGUGGCCACCACCACCGCCCCCGCCACCACGGCCACCUCCACGACGCUGCAGACUAAGGGGGUCACUGAGCCCCUGGGCCCCAGGAAUAGGAUCCCGGUUGGGCUUAGCACAACGGAGCCUUCCACCAGUCCCAGCAAAGACGAUGGUGAAGACGUCAAGCCCCCACGGAUUCUGGGGGAGACCUCAGGUCUGGCUGUUCAUCAGAUUAUCACCAUCACUGUCUCCCUCAUCAUGGUCAUAGCUGCUCUGAUUACAACUCUUGUCUUAAAAAACUGCUGUGCCCAAAGCGGGAACACGCGUCGGAAGAGCCACCAGCGGAAGAUCAACCAGCAGGAGGAGAGCUGCCAGAACCUGACGGACUUCACCCCUGCCCGGGUGCCCAGCAGCCUGGACAUAUUCACAGCCUAUAAUGAGACCCUCCAGUGCUCCCACGAAUGUGUCCGGGCAUCCGCGCCCAUGUACACCGACGAGACGCUGCACCCGACGGCCGACUACAAAUCCACGUUUAACGGGAACCGACCCUCUUCUUCUGAUCGGCAUCUUAUUCCUGUGGCCUUUGUGUCUGAGAAAUGGUUUGAAAUCUCCUGCUGACUGGCCGAAGUCUUGUUUACCUCCUGGGGGCAGGGCAGACGCCAUGUGUCUGUUUUAUGGAUUCCGUUGGUGAACCUGUAA